UUGACGGAUUUGAGGCUCAGCAACAAGACUAUUAUCCUUCCCAUAAACUAAAAUAAAAUUGAAAAAGUUCAUAAUUACCCAUUGCUCAUCACAGUUUUGUUCUAAUGCAAACAUUUCUCAUCGGUUGACAGUACUAAUGAGCCAACCACUGCCAUCCUAAUAAAUGCUUUACGGUUCCUUAAACAGUAACACAGAUUGUAUAUCCACCAUUUUAGGUCCAAAUCCCAUAAGCCAUGGCCUGCGACAAGGGAUUUUCCAGCAGUUUUAUGCUGUUGAAGCCAGAAGAAGUCGGAUUGUUUGGUCUGUUUCACAUUUUGUUCUCCAGCAAGUUAGAGGAAAAGAAAUUUGUAGAUUGCCCGGAGGGAACUGUCACUGACGAGAUCAGCUUCAGGCGCAGAUGGCUCAUAUUUGUUUCCAUCUUGGCUCAAAAGUUUCUGCAACUUGUGUCAAAGCCACUCUCAGUUGUCGGAUCUGGGAUCGAAAUGUUUUUGAAUCUUGUAUCCGUCAACCGCAAUGUUUUUGUGCUCGUGAUCAAUUUCUUCCGAGGGGUGGUGGUAAAGCCAGAUAAGACAUCAGCAACAUUCCUGUCAUUUAUAGGAAAUUUUGACAAGAGGGUGGAGUUGGAUAGCACCAUUAAAUAUGAUGAUGCUAAGUACCAUGCAGCUCUCUCUAUGAUGGCUUCUAAAGCAUCCUAUGAGAAUAAUGCCUACAUUGAAACUACUGUUAGAGAUCAUUGGAAGAUGGAGUUCUUAGGAUCCUUCGACUUCUGGAAUGAUUAUCAACAAAAAGCCACAACACAAGCCUUUAUGCUUCGGGAUAAGUCUUCUGACCAUGACAUCGUUGUUGUGGCCUUUAGGGGAACCGAACCGUUUGAUGCAGAUGCAUGGUGCUCCGACUUUGACAUCUCUUGGUAUGAGCUUUCAGGGGUCGGAAAAAUUCAUGGCGGCUUUAUGAAAGCUCUAGGUUUACAAAAGAAUGUUGGUUGGCCUAAGGAAACCAAACAAGAAGAUGGUCAUCCAGACUUGGCUUACUAUGCUAUUAGAGACAUGCUAAACAAGCUUUUGAGCCAAAAUGAUCAAGCUAGAUACAUAUUGACAGGGCAUAGUUUGGGAGGGGCUUUAGCAAUUUUGUUUCCAGCAGUUUUGGCUCUCCACAAUGAGACAUGGUUAUUGGAGAGAUUGCAAGGGGUAUAUACAUUUGGGCAACCAAGGGUAGGAGAUGAAAAGUUUGGUGAGUUCAUGGAGAAACAGUUGCAAGAGCAUAACUUUCAGUAUUUUAGAUUUGUUUAUGGUAAUGAUAUGGUUCCUAGGUUGCCUUAUGAUGACAAAGCCUUGAUGUUCAAGCACUUUGGGACAUGCCUCUAUUAUAAUAGGCACUAUGAAGUGAAGGUUGUGGACCAGGAACCUAAUAAGAACUACUUCUCCCCAUUGGGGGCAAUACCAAUGAUAAUAAAUGCAUUUUUCGAGCUAAUUAGAAGCUUCACCAUUGCAAAAACAAAGGGGCCAGAUUAUAAAGAAGGGAUUUUUCUCAGAAUUUUCCGGAUAAUUGGCUUGGUAUUUCCUGGGAUUCCAGCUCAUAGCACUCAAGAUUAUGUGAAUACGACCAGGUUGGGGUCCUCGGACGUCUUCCUCCUACCAAAACACACAUCAUCCCAUGUAAACUAGAUGUAUCAAGCUUACAAGUUUGAGCAUGACACAGGAAUCGUAUGGUUUGGGUUUGGUUGACGACAUAAUAGUUUUUCUAUGCUUGAUAUACAUGUAUUAAUUUGUCAACCCUUUCUUCGUGGUACCACUCAGGGCCGGCCCCGAGGGCUACCGCCUAAGGCAACCGUUUCAGGCCACCGGAUCCCAGAGGGCCUCGAUGCUUUAAUUAUGUAUAUAUGUUAUGUUAUGUAAAGUGUAUAUGUUCUGUUUGCCACCAAAAAUAGGGGGAACAUGUUGCUCCAGCGGUAGAGCUGUUGGUUUGUGUUAGAACCAACCAAGGUUCGAGCCUUGUAUCCCAUUUUUGCUUCUAUUUAGAUUUUUUUC